AAGUGUUUUUAAAAAAGCGGCGGAUGCAUUCAUACAUCUUGAUUUCAAGAUCUUCGUGCUGUUUUUAGAAGCGUAUGGACUCUUUUAUGUAAACAUACAUUUUUCUCUUUUGCAUUAGAAAUUUAAAAUGAGGAUUUCUUUGUCUUGGUGUUCACAAACCGUUGUUUUAGCGGUUUCCAUCAAGAAAAGAAAACGAUCUGCUUAAGCUAACAUAGCUAGCUACAGUAACUGGUGUUCUUAACAAUCAGGGGUUACUUUUUAAAAUCUAAAUGUAUUAAUUGAACGUUGAAAGUCAUAUAACGUCUUGAUUUUAUUUUGUAUAUUAAUUUAUUCUUUUUUUAUUUUAAUGGAAAAAAUAACCAUUAUUAGGUUGUUUAUUUUCGUAGAUCGAUGAUAUUUUAAAUAAUCCUAGCUCACGGAACCAAACCAAUGCAGCCACAACAGUUUUCGAAGGAGCGAGGACUUUUUGGUAAACUCUCACCGGGGAAGAAGAAACUAGAGGGCAAGACUUUCUAUCUCGACAAUGUAAAGAAACACUCAGCUGCCCUGCUUUUGGAGGCUGUAUAUCUGCUAGGAGGGAAGAUUGAGAGUUUCUUGCACAAGGAUGUCAGUUUUGUUGUAACUGGAAGCCAGGAGCGAUUGAAGGCGAAAAAUGGUGUGGAGAUUGGAGAAGGAGCUAAAGGACUCGGCGAAGGAACCCAGCGUCUGAUGACAGAGCAGAAAAGCAGCGCUAAGCUUCCAACCAAAAAACCCAGAUCUAUGGCUUGUGUGAGCCGUGGGAAAGCUCUGCUUGAAAAAGCGAUCCGCAACAAUGAGCGGCUGCGUGGGAGCAGCGUUCUGUCUGAUGCCCAGUCGUGGGGCGUUAAGAUACUUUAUGUGGAUGACGUCCUCAUAUGUCUGAAACAGCUGAGUCGAGAGAGCUUCAGUCCUAAACACAAAAGGAUAGAGAUUUCCACCAAGCAAAGGCAACCAGCUGUCAGAGCUGCACCUUUGAGGUCCCCUUAUCUUAAAAUUGAAGACGUAAGCAGGAGAUACCGACCUCUGCAUGUGCAGUCCAUGACUCUUCCUGCCCUGUUCUACUCGGGUCGACACAGUCCUUUUGAGGCGCCUCCCCCCCCUCAGUUUGACAAACAGCCCGACCGUGAAAACAGUAAAUCAAGAGUAAAGAAAAUUGGAAACAAAGCUCAGGACAAAUCUCCAGUUGGGGUUUUUUGUAGCCCCUCACCUUGGCGGCCUCGUAAGAAGGACAAUUCGUACUGCGAGUGCUGCUGUGAAACCUUCACCAAUUUGGAGGAGCAUCUACUGUCGGAUCAGCAUCGUUCGUUUGUGCUGAAUCCCUUCAACUACAGAACAGUAGAUCAGCUUGUGGCUGAAAUGUCUCCAGGAUUUGAUCCCAGGCUUGCAGAAGAAACCUCCAAAAGACCAACAACUCCUCUUCCUCUCGACGCCGUUUGUGAACUGGAGCCUCUAACUGAUGCUGAGAUGGAGCGUGCUGUUCGGGCCCUGCAGAGACAAGGUUCUUCCCUAACUGCUGGUGAUACCAGCCCGACUGGAAGGCCUCUUUUCUGUGGUCCUCCAUCACCAGGGCCCGUUUUUACUUUUGAAAAUGAAGCUGCUCCGCCUACUUUCCAUCCUGAGGUGGACCGGCAGUGCCCAGAUCUCCUGCAGCCUCGUGCAUCGAGCCCGGUCAUGCCUGUUCUGACUCCAGAGCCACGAGUCGGAACCGCUUAUCAACAAACGGAAAAACCGUCCUCCGACUGCUCUGCUACAGGCUUUUCUUGGGAUCCCUACGCUCUGCCUCCAGUUCUCAGCCCACAAAUCCCUUAUUCACUUGACACUAUGGAACAACAAAGAAGCCCGGACUCAGAACCUCCUGUUCUCAGUCCUCAAAGGUUCUCCACAGUAGAGACUGUGGGAGAACUGACUUAUGAAAUGAACGUUCCACAUCAAACCCUUCCUCAGUCCAGCCCCGUUCUCUCUGUGGAUGCCAGUAAUCCAGGGAAACGAGUUCUUUUUAGGUCUGAUGGACUCUUUGGUUUCAACAGCAGCUUGAGGCCUGCUGCUCAAACGCGCCGUUGGUCAAACUCUGUCCCUAGACAGUCGCCCAUCACGCCAAACCCCAAAAAGCGCUGCAGAUCCGCCAGCCCUGUUCACAUGCACCGUAAAAGGCGGAGGACGGCGUCGUUUGGGGACAGCGGUCAGUGGUCUGAGCUCAGCAUUAAGGACGCCAAACCUCAAAGAGACAGUGUGGCAGUUCUGCGUGGCUGGGUUUCAUUUGACAGUGUCUCUCAUGGAAAUCUGAAUAAUCCGUUCUCCAUGUUUACUGCUUCAUCUUGUGUUCCUUUAAAGAAUUCUUCUCAGGGUCCAAAUCACAUUGACUCUGGGAGGGAUCAGCUUUCAUGGCUUCUGUCCUCCAAAGCAGCCAUCUGUGAUGGUUCUGACGGACCUAACGCCGCGGCGUCCUCUCUGCCGCCCCUCUAUCUGUCUACCUCCAUCUCCAUCGAACCAGGCCUCAUCCCCGACCCGGCCGAGCUCUCUCCUUCAUCCUCUGACUCAGACUGGGACUGCAACCUGCUGGCACGCCUCAACCAAACCCCGGCUCCAGCGCCCUCUGAGCACAGCUGUGCUGUGGACGCAGAGCUGCUCCACAGGCCGUGUCCGUGGAUGCACGACACCAGCUACGAGUCGCAUCUGCACACCGUGCUCCCGCCCUUAAACCCGGCUGCGUCUGCGUGCGGGGAGGACGUGGAGCCUUCAGCUUUCAGCAGGACGCUAGUCCAGGUUGUUGAAGUCCAACACUAGGAGAACUUCUACUUUAAAUUUAACAGCACUUAAGGCCAGAGAAACAAGAAAUGAGAAGCAUUUCUUUAAUGAUUUUUCUUCCUCUUUAAGAAUCUCUUUUUAUUUUCUAUAAAUGAGACAUUUAUUCAUUUUUUUCUCUAACAUCCUCCAUCUUGACCGGACUCCUCCAAACAACAUUCAGUGGUUUUUGCUGACUGCGGCUGUUCAUCAGCUCUGUCUGGGAACACGCGUGUGUGUGUGUGUGUGUGUGGGUGGGGGUGGGGGGGGGGGUGCUGAGAAUUUAAUGAGGUUUUUCUGAAAGGGGGCAUUAUUCAAUUACUGUAAGUGCUGCGCCUGGAUCCCAUCCCAUCCAUUGAUGGCCAAACACAUUGAGAACCGCCGGCCGUAGAGAUAAACCGUCAAUGUCAAAUGGCUCUUCCUGCUUUUUGAAGACGGGCCAGAUCCGAGGAGAAGGAGGUCUGUAAAAAUUCUGGAAGGACGUGAAGGUUGUUUGGCGUCGGAUUGUCAUCAGGAGAUGACAAUAACAGGUCAAAGUUUCAAAGCUUCAAUUCAAUCCACUAAUAAAACCCGUUAGAUGCGUUCUUAAACCUGUAAAUAAAUGGAGAUUUUAGUUUGAAAGAUGACUUUCAGGAAUUAUUCUGUACAAACUUUGUAUAUUUUAUAUAAUAAAUUUUUUUAGCUCUAAAAUUU